GCUGAGAGUGGCAGCAACAAGUGUCUUGCAAAUUUUUUAUCAUUUUGACUUUGAUCUUUAUUUUCGUAUUAAAUCAAUUUCAAAAUAUAAAUAUCAGUGAAUAGAGCAGAAUAAUCAUGGCAUUCGACCUAGGAUUCGAAUCAGUACCACCUCUCUACCAUGACAUAUACAAAAUAAUAAGUUCUUCUCCUGCACAUUCACGCAAGGAGCUAUUGACAAAAAUCCUGCUAAAAUCAAAGUUACCAAACGACUGUUUGAGUCAGAUUUGGGACCUUAUAAGCAAAAACCAAAGUGAUUUGACCUCCAAACACGUUUUCCAAGCGCUUGCUCUGAUUGGCUGGGCUCAGAAGGGUCUAGAACCUUCUACCGCUCUCUUUGAUGACGUCAGUAGAGGUUUACCAAUACCAAACUUGGGCGACCUUUCUGAUAUCAAGCUGAAGCCGGAUCCCACAGUUCUAGGACUGAAAUAUUCUGAUUUGAUAAGGAUCGACACAAUUCAAGUCGAUGUUGUACCUGAGAAGAAAGGAUUGUUUCUGAAGCAUGUCGAGUAUCAAGUUAUCAGCAAGAGAUUUGGCUCGUCAGUGUAUCGACGAUACAACGACUUUGUGGCACUAUACGAGCUACUACUCAGCAGAUUUCCUUACAGACUUAUACCAAAGUUACCUCCCAAAAGAGUCGUUGGAAAUGGUGAGUCAUUUGUGGAAGACAGACGUAAAAGCCUGCGUCGCUGGUUGACGCUAAUUUCGAGGCACCCUGUGUUGAGCGACGACCCCAUACCCUACUUCCUCACUCAACAGGGACCUGACAUCCUCAAAAUCCGGGAGGUUUUCAGAAGAAUGCCGGAUGAGUUUACUACUUCCGACCUUGCUGCUAGUGCUAAGGAAUUGGUACCACCAGAAUGUCAUUCGGAAUUUGGAGCAAUCAGGGAUCAAAUCUGUGUGAUUACAAAUGGAGUCAGCAAAAUCAAACACAUUUCGGAUUUGAUGGCACUCAGAAGUCAUAGCAACUCAGAGGAUAUGUCAGAGCUAGGCACCCAGCUACACUACCUCUACACUGAGACCAAUAACUCAGCGCCGUCUGCGGAGUCAGCUGCAGACGGUAGUGUGGUGUGGCCUCGCAUAUGUCGCUCCCUGGGCGAGUUCAGCACACGUCUAACGCAGAUAACGCAGCGGGCAGCAGCAGCAGCUAGUGAAGAAGAACAGGUAUGUGACGAACUGGCAACACUGUUAGACGUGCUGGGAGCCCACCGUGUGUGUGAGCGUGUGGAGCGUGGUGGGCUGACGACAACCGAGGCGCUCAGUAGAAUGUUGGCUCUCAAGAAACGCCAGAUACAGGUCCUCAGAGGAACUGAUGCGGAAUCCGUGGAAGAACUGGAGCAAAGAAUGCUGACUCAGGAGUCUGUGAUUGCGUCAGUCGAGCUGCCUGCCUUUUCACUGUAUUGUGUGCGCAUGGAGACACAACUAGUGCACGCGCAUGCGCACAUACUUGCAAAUGUGCUCAACGCACUAGUCGUUACUAGAUGGAGGGUCAUGCUCAGCUAGCCGAAAUUUGGAAGCAAAUACAUCCCACCGUGUCAAAGUGUCUUCCAGAUGAACCUUCAUUCUCUUGAUAAAAAUGAUAGAAUUAGAUCAAAUUGA